AUGAUAAAGCGUACCAAAGUAUCAAUCACAAGGGAAAAAUGGACUCGAGAUUACAUAACAGAAGGAACUUUAUCUUUCAACGACGAAGAUGCAGAAGGAAUCAUGCAGCCCCAUAAUGAUGCAAUGGUAAUUUCUGUACUCAUAAAUAAAACUCGAGUUAAGCAUGUGCUAAUUGAUCCAGGGAAAAAUAACGUUGCUGGUAAACGUAGCCGGUACCACCCAGGAGACCAAGUUUAUGUAAUCGAAGGGGACAUGGGGUACAAUGCCCUGUUCGGGAGGCCAUGGAUCCACAACAUGUGGGUUGUGCCCUCAACCCUUCACCAGGUAUUAAUAUUUCCAACUCCAAAAGGGAUAAAGACGGUUUACGGGGAGCAACCCGCCGCAAAGGAGAUGUUUGCCAUCAAAGAAGUAAUUCCGAUAUCAACACUCUCAUCGACAAAGGACUCAGGUUCGAAAGCAAAACAGGAAGCCAAAUAG